AUGGAAGGGGUAUGUGGAAAUCCACCGGAGAUUUGUUUCAUUCAAGAAAGAAGGUAUAACAACAAUCACUCCAACAACACGGUCAAACAAGAAGGGCCUAAGAGAGAAGCCAUCUUGGACUUGAAUAAGUACAAAGACCAGCAAGUCAGAGUCAGAUUCAUUGGAGGUAGAGAAGUAGUUGGACUGUUGAAAGGAUUCGACUCCUUGAUGAAUUUGGUGUUGGAAGAAGUGGUGGAAACCAUAAGGGACCCAGAAGACGACUCGGUAUUAACCAGUGAAACAAGACAAUUGGGUCUUGUGGUGAUCAGAGGACCGGCUUUGUUGACCAUUUCUCCCGUCGACGGUACUCAAGUGAUUGAGAACCCUUAUGCCAACCCAGAAAAUGUCGUAUGA